GCUUGUGAUUGCUUUUUGACAUCUCUAACAUCAUUUUGUGACUCCCUUCGGACCAGGAAAAUGCACGCAGCUGUAAUCCUGUUGGUGUUCAUGUGCCUGAUGCCCACCACUCAUGCAGAUCAUCAUCACCAUCAACAGCCCUGUCGUAACUGCAAACUCAACGUCCAAUUAUAGCAAUUAUAUUCAACAUUAUAAAACAUUUUAUAAACUCAAGCACUUUUAAUAUCUUAGAAGUGGUCUAUUAUGGGACCGGCGUAGCUAACAUUAGGUGAUCAGAAAACUCUUUGUUGCACAAUUUAGACACGACCACGAUUUUAUCCAGGCUGCCAUCAGGAUUUUUAAAAGAAAACUUUCCACCCCACAAGCUCACUGCGUCUCGUCUUCCUUCACUGUUCACUAAAACUUUCUUGUGCGCUGACAUCAUUCAGUGCCUCCUAUGCAUCGUCAUCGCAGCUAGAAAAGAGACUUUAGGUUCAUUAUCGCCACCUACUGGACUGGAGUGUGCAUCAGUGGUACCGGUGUGCCAGAAAUUAGGGAACUGAGAAAGAUUUACCCAACGUAACAGGACUCAUGACUGUGAUGGACCUACAGGAUCCAGUGAAGGCAUUGGGUGGAUUCACCUACGACUCAACGGGCAACAAACUACGGUUCAGAUCAAACGAGAACUUCCCCAACGCUUCACGACAUCUGGAUCUGCUGAUGUUUUUCGAAGAGGGGAUAUUCUACGAGAUUAACAGCAAGAACCAGAGCUGUGAGAAGAAAAAACUGCACUACAACCACCACGCUCUACGUAUUCCCGAGGAUGCCCAAUUCCUGGCUACGAUGAAUUUAGGGAAUCCAUCUAUUGUUGGAGAGGGAUUAGAAUUCAGCAUGUGGGAAGGGUCAGUGGCCGACAACACAGGCAAAUAUGUAAUUUCUGUAACUAAGGGAUGUUUGCCUGUGAGCAUCCUCUACUACAGGAAGUCUACAACAGUCAUUUUCAGCUUCAUGAACCUUGAAAGCGGGAUCAAGAACCCUGAGGUCCUCGAGGUGCCUUCCUUUUGUGGGGGACUUUCUGUGGAGGAGACAUCUAACGGGACAGUAAACAGUUUCCUCGACCUGUUCAUGUAGAAGAAGAAGCCCCAGCAGCAGAUUAAAUUAAACCCCUAUCAGAGCAUGUACGGGCACAACUGUAGACUUUUCUCUCCUACUUGUGACACUGCAUCACAUCUGUUUCCAUCACAUCUUCCCACUUAAAUCCCUACAAAGAUAUGACUUUGAACAGCUCAAAUACACUGCAAGUGCAAAAAAAAAAAGUCGUGCACUGUAAUAUUUUGUUGGACCACCUUUAGCUUUGAUUAUGGCAAACAUUUGCUGUGUUUCAAUAAGCUUCUGCAAUGUCACACCAUUUACUUCUGUCCAGAGUUGGAUUAAUUUUUCACCAAGAUCUUAUAUUGAUGAUAGGAGAGUCGGACAAAGUCUUCUCCAGAAAAUCCCAAAGACUCUCAGUGGGAUCUGGUUUGUGAAAAUGAUGUCUCAGGCUCCCUGAUCCACUCAUUCACAAUGUGAGCCCCAUGAAUCCUGGCACUGUCAUCUUGGAACAUGUCCAUGCCAUCAUCGAAGAAAAACUCCAUUGAUGGAAAGACCUGGUCAUUCAGUAUAUUCAGGUAGUCAGCUGACCUCAUUCUUUGGGAACAUAACGUUGCUGAACCUGACCAACCCCAGAUCAUAACCCUAACCCUCACAGGCUGGUAGGCACUAGGCAUGAUGAGAGCAUCACUUCAUCUGCCUCUCUUCUUACCCUGAUGAACCCAUCUGCUGGUUUAUCUUUGACUCCUCUGGACACUACACCUACUAUCAGGCAUGUAGGUGGCAGUAUCAUCAUACUAUCAAUUUAAGUGACUCAAGUCUGAGACAGAAAGACGACAGAUUUAGUGGAACUGCACCAAUUCAGGUGCAGUUCCACUAAAUUUGUCGUCUUUCUGACAAGGUGCUUCACGUUCUUGAUGGGUUCAAGUCAGGACUUUGGGGAGACCAGUCUAGAACCUUCAUUCUAGCCUGAUGGAACCAUUUCUUUACCACGUCUGAUGUGUUUUUGGGCUCGUUGUCUUGUUGAAACAUCCAACUGUGUCCAAGAUCAACCUCCUGCUGAUGGUUUUGGGUUUUCUUGAAGAACAUGGAUGUAAUCCUCCUUUAUUAUUCCCUUUGCUUUGUGUAAAGCUCCAGUUCCACAGAGCAUAAUACUCCCACCACCAUGCUUGGUGGUAGGUUUGGUGUUCUUGGGAUUAAAGAAAGUCCAAGACCUGCCUAAGAAAGUCUGAAACCAGUCCUCAAGAAGUCUUAAACCAGUCCUCAAGAAGUCUUAAACCAUGACCAAAAUUAAACCUAAAUUACUCCUAAAAAGUCCAAGACAUUGUAAAACCAGUCCUAAACUAGUCCUGACAAGGUCUAAAACCAGGAUCAAAAUCAAACCUAAACCAGUCCAAAAAAAUUUUCAAAACCAGUCAGAAUAGAGUCUGAAACCAGUCCUAAAAAAGUCAAAAACCAGCACAAAGUCAGGACCAAAACCAAACCUAAACUAGUGCACCUAUCACUUUGGAACAGGGUACAUCUGGACUAGAAGGCAAAAUUGAAGCGUUUUUUUUUUCCAUUUAACCUCACUAAUUAGUGGUUUUCUUAUUGUUACACAGCAGUUUAGUCCCAAUCCCUGGAGUUCCCUUCACAUUGCACAUGUUGGAAUGCUUUACUUUCACUAUUAAACAUAUCCGUGAGUUCUA